AUGAUUAAGAAACUAUUGAUUUCCCCGAUUGUUACACGUACACUUUUUCGAAAAAACUCGCCAAGAACGUAUGAUAUCAUUACGUCCAGUGCUUAUAAGACAAAUAAUCUUCCGCGAGUUGUUCCAAAGGAAAUUCCUCGACCCAAUAAUCUUUAUAAUUUAGUCAGCGGACCUUAUCGAGCUUCGACGAUCAUCAAAAACCAAUGGCAAUUAGAAGGUAUACGUGCAGCAUGUCGUCGAGCUCGUACUAUAAUCGAUACGGUUUCGGAAUCUGUUCAAGUUGGCGUAACAACUGAUGCCAUCGACAAAUUAGUUCAUGAACUAUGUAUUUCACUCGGCUGUUACCCGGCGCCACUUCAUUACGAAGAAUUUCCUCGUUCAUGUUGUACGAGUGUGAACAAUAUAGCUUUACACGGCAUACCGGAUGGACGACCUUUGAAAGCAAAUGAUGUACUUAAACUAGAUGUCUCUGUCUACUAUAAUGGAUUUUUUGGUGAUGUGUCGGAAACUUAUCUAGUAUCUGAUAAUGAGAAAACUUCCGUCGAUAAUGAUGCACUCUAUUUAAUAACCCAUGCACGGCGAUGUCGCGAUCGAGCAAUUGCUGUGUGUCGACCAGGCAUAGAAUUCUCUGUUAUUGGUCGCGCUUGUGAAGAGUACAUUAAACAAUGUACAGGAUUGAAAUUAGUCAAGAAUGCGUGUGGACAUGGGCUCGGCGAACAACUACAUGAACCGCCGCAAAUUUUACAUUAUUACGAUCCAAGUGAAAAGCAAAUGCAAUGGACUAUGCAAGAAGGAAUGGUCUUCGCUAUUGAACCAGUCGUUACAGAAGGCGAUGGUCGAGUAAAGAUGUGCGAUGACGAUAUUCAACAAUCACAUCGAACGGUUACGAGAUCUUGA